AUGUCAAUUCAAUGUACAAUCUCAUCAUUGAUCAUCAUCAUCAAUAUUGUUUAUUUAUUUAUUUUGUUUGCAUUGACCAGUCAUUGGAUACUGGUGUUUCAUCCACUACGAUUCUUAACAUCGAUAUUCGGUCAAAUCUAUAUAGUAUUCUAUCAUGUAUUGUUCUUUAUGUUAAUCUAUAGUUAUUGGCAAUCAAUUGUCACGCCACCUGGAUAUCCUUCGAAGAAUUGGUAUCCAGAAGGUAAAAGUAAAGAGGAAUUAGAUGAGAUUGUUGAUAAUAUAAUGGAGCAACGCAAGAAUAGUAACAAUCAUUUCAAACCACCUUCACACAUAAGAUAUUGUGUAACCUGUAAUAUAUUUAAACCGCCACGCACGCAUCAUUGUCGGCACUGUAAAAAAUGUAUAUUGAAGCAAGAUCAUCAUUGUCCUUGGAUAGCGAAUUGCGUUGGCUAUCAAAAUCAAAAGCCAUUCCUGCUGUUUCUAUUCUACACCACCGUAGUAGGUACAAUAUCGACGGUGUUUCUAGUGUUCAGUGCAUUCUACGUACUGAACGUAUCGAUUCAGAAUGCAGAAGAUCCGACACCAGUUACAAUCAACAACAACAACAACAACAACAAAGAUAUCAUAUUAUCAACAUCAGAAGAACAACAACAACAUCAAGAUCUUGAAUUUCUAGUAUCAGGACCAAUGGUUACAGUAUUAUAUAUUUUAAACUUCUCAACUAUUAUACCUGUUUUGCUAGGUGUCUCGGGUCUCUUUUACUUCCAAUCGGGUUUCAUCUUUAGUAAUCUGACGAGUGUCGAGCGAUAUGAAAGAAAAUCAGAAUAUAAAAUUGCUAAAAGAAAUGGUGUUGGAGAAGAAUAUAGAUGGAGAUAUGAUAGAGGUCCAAGAAAUAAUUUUAAAGAUGUUUUCGGUGAUACAUUUAGGCAGUGGAUUUGUCCAGUUGGUUCUCCAAGAGGCGAUGGUAUCAAUUGGAAGUUAAAUAAUCAACAACAACAACAAUCUGAACAACUUGUUUAG